UCUCUAAGUAUGGCCUAAGAUUUUCAAUAACUAACAAGAAAAGACUACAGUUGCGCUGACAGGUGGAGAUAGGGUCUCAGAUCUUGGGGUGCCUAUGUUGGGGAGUGAUUAAGGCCAGUCUUUAAUGCAGAGAUGCACCUUGCUGCACCAGAGGCUCUCAUUUUUUCCCUAAAAUCCCUCUCUAUCCCCUUCUUUCCAAACUUUGCCAAAUGGCUCAAAGAGAAAUCAGUUUUUGUGGUUGGGUCGUAUUGAUUGGCAGAGUGUAAUCCUCAUAGAAUUUGUGCCACAGCGGUUUCAUAGCUAACUUUUCUUUUUGGGAGCUAAAAACUGAAGAUAAAUGUGAGUUCGUGUUCUGGCGGCCCGUAGUGACGGCCGGCAUGCACACCCGCAGGACAUGCUGUCGGCUCCGUCGCCCUGACCCGCCACAGUCGAGUUUAGCCUCUCCUACUGUGGGAGCUGUUGGAGGCCGCUUCGGAGAAACGCUCCUCUGUUCGGUUGGAAACGAAUCUGGGGACGUGUUUGAAGAGCGGUCAAAUUUGACUCAUCGCUUUCCAAGGACAGUUAGUGCCUUCCAUCUUCAUUAACGUGAAUAAAAAGACCUUGGCUGACUUCUGUCCAGAUCAGGUUUUUAAAGGCAUUGUUUGCUUGGGAAGAUCAUGCCACUCCCCUCCCCCGCCAGCCUUUUUGCAAAGGCUGAGCGGGUCCAGCCAGGAUGGCCGAGAUAUCUUUGCUUAGGACGUGGUUUGCUGGCACUGUCUGCCUGACCCUUUCUGGAAGGCUGUCGCAAGCUGGGAGCAUGGGGAGUGUCUCUUCUGCAGCUCCUCUUCAGAUCUUGCUGAUAAAACACAUCCCUCUGUUUUAUUGCAUUUCCUAGAAGCUUGCAGGCUUGCAAGAGCGCUGUUGUCAGGAAACGUGAUAGAAAUGAAAGUCAGGACAUAAUGUCCCUGAACACCUCAGUCACCCAAAAACGUUUGCCGAGGCCACCACGUUAUCGAAUUCACUUUGAUCUGCUGUCGACUCCCCACCCUCCCGCUCCCCAGAGAAGAGAGUCCCCCCACAGAACAGAAACAACUCCGCAGUUUGACCUCACCGCCUACCGCGGGACCACUGCGGCCAGACCGGAGCAAUUUCUUAGCUGUGAUGCUGCGGGAGAAAAGGAGCGCUCCUCCGGCAUGAACCCUGAUUCGGGUUUCACUGCAGCAGCUCCAGCCUUAUUAAAAUUCCUCGUCCUUGUCCCUAAACAGUGCUUUGCACUUCCACAUUGUUCUUUGAAUUUCUCGAGUUAUUGGAGUUAUUAGAUUACCAAUAAUCCAACGGCCGGAUAGGAUUGGGCGGGGGUUGGGGGAGGGACUAGGUGGAAGACAGAGUUCUCCAAAUCCCGAGACUGUCGAAACUGGGUCAAUGGGAAGGAAGGAGGGGCGGGGCGACAAUGGGGUUGUUGGUUUCAAGCCUUGGUGCGAGGCCUCCCUCUAGUGUUAAGUAGCGGUAAAACAUGAUUAGGUUUGAGCUCCCGGAACCACUGGACGCCUAAUUUCCAAUAAGUGCAUUUUCUUAAUUUUAACUUCCCUUCCUGAAUUCUCACUCCAUACCACAUUAAAUUUCAGCCUUCGCUUUCACCAUUAUUCCACCGGGCGAAGGGACGAGAAAGCCUCAAAGUAGGAUUUUAUGAGACUGAAGAGGCCCAAUCUUUAUGAACGGACCUUGAAACCACCUCCUUCACUGAUGGAUUGCGUGGCUCAGUGAGUCGCCAACACCAGUUUUAAGAGCCAUCUUUGGCCUUAAAAGCUGCGUCUUUCUCAUCCCUUGUUCCCCAGCAUCCGCCCCCCAAAGCGCCUUUUGGAAGCCGCUAUUACGAGAUGGCGCCCAGGGGUUAUAAUUCCAAGCAAGGCCACGGGAAGGGGAGACAACUUAAGCACGUCCGUUAGCGCUGUCCUGGCGUCCUGGCGUCUGCUGAAUCCCCGUUUCUACGGGGUUUCGGAGAAAUCAAAUUCGGAAAUCCCUAAACCUGGCAGGUCCUGUUCUAAAGGCUUUAGCGGAAACCCAGAGGAGCUAGGUUCCCCUACUUGCCAACGUAGGCGGAAAGGGCUUUCGGUUUAGUUUUUGUCCACAUCGACCAAGGUAUGCUGGACGGGAGUCCCUGAGUCCUGGGGACUCCACCUUUUAGACCUUGAAGCCUCACCAGACCACCCUUUUAGAAAGGGAGUUGGGGGCCAAGAGAAAAGGAAAUAAAAUGACGCCCCAGGCAAAUAAACGACGGAAUUGGGCGAAUGAGUCUCGGGCUAGACCCGAAAUCCUGUGUUCUAGACCUGCUCUGCUACUUAACUUGUCUAACUGGGAUUUAGGGGAAAGUGUGCUUUAUUCCCCGCGAUCCUCCCGGGGCGCCCCCUCCCUUUCCGGUGAAUCCCCGGCGGCCCGCGCGGCGCAGGCGGCGAUCCUGGCGGCCGUCGGGGGCCGGCAGCUUCCUGGAAAGUUACUUCUUGUUGGAGCCAGCGGUAGGCAGAGUGUUCUGUGAAAUCCGCUGAGCUGAGAUCGACUACGUUCCGGGAAUGAGAGGGCUGUGCCAUUCCCCUUACUGCCCCCUGCCUUGACUGCAUAACAGGAAAAAAAGGCACACACAAUGUUAGUUACCGAGGUGCAUGAAAAGUUUUAUCUGAAUGCAGCCAAAUUAAGGGCUGCCACGGUAGUACCACGGGGCCUCGGCCGAGCCUGCGGGGGCUUGGAGGCCGAUGGGAAGCAGUGGUGGCACAACGCCCCCGGGUGGGCAGUCCCUGGCAGACAGGUUAUAAGCAAAAUUUGGGACUGUGAAUCGAGGCAUUGGGUGAAGACAAAAUGGCCUCACCAGCUGACAGCUGUAUCCAGUUCACCCGCCAUGCCAGUGAUGUUCUUCUCAACCUUAAUCGCCUCCGGAGCCGCGAUAUCUUGACUGACGUUGUCAUAGUGGUGAGCCGUGAGCAGUUUAGAGCCCAUAAGACAGUCCUCAUGGCCUGCAGCGGCUUGUUCUAUAGCAUCUUCACAGACCAAUUGAAAUGCAACCUUAGUGUGAUCAAUCUCGAUCCUGAGAUCAACCCUGAGGGGUUCUGCAUCCUCCUGGACUUCAUGUACACAUCUCGGCUCAAUCUGCGGGAGGGCAACAUCAUGUCUGUGAUGGCCACAGCUAUGUACCUGCAGAUGGAGCAUGUCGUGGACACUUGCCGGAAGUUUAUCAAGGCCAGUGAAGCAGAGAUGGUUCCUGCCAUCAAGCCUCCCCGUGAAGAGUUCCCAAACAGCCGAAUGCUGAUGCCCCAAGACAUCAUGGCCUAUCGGGGUCGGGAGGUGGUGGAGAACAACCUGCCACUGAGGAACCCCCCUGGGUGUGAGAGCAGAGCCUUUGCCCCCAGCCUGUACAGCAGCCUUUCCACACCGCCAGCCUCUUAUCCCGUGUACAACCACAUCCCCGUCAGCAGCUUCCUCUUCUCCGAUGAGGAACUUCGGGAUGCCCGGAUGCCUGUGGCCAACCCCUUCCCCAAGGAGCGGGCCCUCCCCUGCGAUAGUGCCAGACCAAUCCCAGGGGAGUACAGCCGGCUGGCCAUGGAGAUAUCCCCCAGUGUGUGCCACAGCAACAUCUACUCACCCAAGGAGGUGGCCCCGGAAGAGGCACGGAGGGACAUGCACUACAGUGUGGCUGAGGGCCCCAAGCCGGCAGCCCCCUCAGCCCGGAAUGCUCCAUACUUCUCCUGUGACAAGGCUGGCAAGGAGGAAGAGAGACCUUCCUCAGAGGAUGAGAUUGCCCUGCAUUUCGAGCCCCCCAAUGCACCCCUAAACCGGAAGGGUCUGGUUAGUCCACAGAGCCCCCAGAAGUCUGACUGCCAGCCCAACUCACCCACGGAGUCCUGUAGCAGCAAGAAUGCCUGCAUCCUUCAGACCUCUGGCUCCCCUCCAGCCAAGAGCCCCACUGACCCCAAAGCCUGCAACUGGAAGAAAUACAAGUUUAUUGUGCUCAAUAGCCUCAACCAGAAUGCCAAACCAGAGGGGCCUGAGCAGGCUGAGCUGGGCCGCCUUUCGCCUCGAACCUACACAGCCCCACCGGCCUGCCAGCCACCCAUGGAGCCUGAGAACCUUGACCUCCAGUCCCCUACUAAGCUCAGCGCCAGUGGGGAGGACUCCACCAUCUCACAGGCCAGCCGACUCAAUAACAUUGUCAACAGGUCCCUGACAGGCUCCCCCCGGAGCAGCAGCAGCGAGAGCCACUCGCCACUCUACCUGCAUCCCCCCAAGUGCACGUCCUGCGGCUCUCAGUCCCCACAGCACUCGGAGAUGUGCCUCCACACUGCUGGCCCCACGUUCCCCGAGGAGAUGGGAGAGACCCAGUCUGAGUACUCAGACUCCAGCUGUGAGAAUGGGGCCUUCUUCUGCAAUGAGUGUGACUGCCGCUUCUCUGAGGAGGCCUCCCUCAAGAGGCACACGCUGCAGACCCACAGUGACAAACCCUACAAGUGUGACCGCUGCCAGGCCUCCUUCCGCUACAAGGGCAACCUCGCCAGCCACAAGACUGUCCAUACGGGUGAGAAACCCUAUCGUUGUAACAUCUGCGGGGCCCAGUUCAACCGGCCAGCGAACCUGAAAACCCACACUCGAAUUCACUCUGGAGAGAAGCCCUACAAAUGCGAAACCUGUGGAGCCAGAUUUGUACAGGUGGCCCACCUCCGUGCCCAUGUGCUCAUCCACACUGGCGAGAAGCCCUAUCCGUGUGAAAUCUGUGGCACCCGUUUCCGGCACCUUCAGACUCUAAAGAGCCACCUGCGAAUCCACACAGGAGAGAAACCCUACCAUUGCGAGAAGUGUAACCUGCAUUUCCGUCACAAAAGCCAGCUGCGUCUUCACUUGCGCCAGAAACACGGAGCUAUCACCAACACCAAGGUGCAAUACCGCGUGUCCGCCACCGACCUGCCCCCGGAGCUCCCCAAAGCCUGCUGAAGCAUGGCGUGUUGACGCUUUCCAUCCGAGCCCCUUCUCAGACAGAACCUGCCCAAAGGAAACUGUAACACUUUACAAUGUUCAUCCCAUGAUGUAGUGCCUCUUUCAUCCAGUAGUGCAAAUCGUAGCUGGGCGCAGGGGGGGUGGGGGGAGGGGCGUGGGGACCGGGAGCCUAGGCAGCUCCCCUUCCCCUACUGCCGUCAAACAUUAAGAAAAUAAUAUUGCUUCUUCUCCUAUGUGUAAGGCGAACCAUGUCAGCAAAAAGCAGUCAUUUUGUAUAUCAAAGUGGGGGAGUAUGAAAAAGUUCUGACUUGACUUAGUCUGCAAAAUGAGGAAUGUGUACGUUUUUGUGGGAACAGAUGUUUCUUUUGUAUGUAAAUGUGCUUUCUUUUGAAAGAAGAAACUUAGGUAUGUUAUCAAACAGAGGGCUUUAAUUUUUUUAACCAAAGCUGAAGGAAUAUAUGGCAGAGUUGUAAAUAUAUAAAUAUAUAUAUAAAAUAAAUAUAUAUAAACCUAAAAAAGAUAUAUUAAAAAUAUAAAAUUGUGUUAAAGGCUCGAUUUUGUAUCUGCAGGCAGACACGGAUCUGAGAAUCUUUAUUGAGAAAGAGCACUUAAGAGAAUAUUUUAAGUAUUGCAUCUGUAUAAGUAAGAAAAUAUUUUGUCUAAAAUGCCUCUGUGUAUUUGUAUUUUUUUGCAAGUGAAGGUUUACAAUUUACAAAGUGUGUAUUUAAAAAAAAGAACAAAAAAAGCUGCAGAAGGAAAAAUGUGUAGUUUUGUUCUAGUUUCCGGUUUGUACAUACUUAUACAGCGUGUCCUACGGUGCCUUUUUCAUGGAAGUUUUCCACGAUGGACGAGCGUGCCAUCCCUUUCUGAAGUGUAGGCAGACACAGGGACUUCGAGUUGUCACUAACUAAGCUCUCGGGAAAAGUUUGUCUCAUCCAUCACAUUCUGCGUCAUGCUUGUGUUGUAACUACUCCGGAGACAGGGUUUGGCUGUGUCUAAACUGCAUUAAUGUGUUGUAAAAUAUAGCUGUACAAAUACAAGAAUAAAAUAUUGAAAAGUCAA